AUGUCCUCUUUACUUGAAAUUCAUGAAGAUAUUCCUCCAAAAAUCAAGUCUACCUUUGGGCAAUCAAUCAUAAAUUUUUGCAAUAUUUUGAUGGGCAUUGGAACCCUUUCAUUACCACUUGCUUUUAAUUAUUCAGGAUGGAUUAUAGG